AUGCAGCCUGAAAACCAUGGCCCGUUGCCUGCGUUUAAUGUGCUAGUGAGACUGCUGGAAGCGCUGGAGAACUGCACGGGCCAAGGAUCGGUAGAUAACCGCCGCAUUCAAAUUGAGACAUUCAUAAAGCAAUGGCGCGACAAGGUGGGCAACGACAUCUACCCAGCUUUUCAACUCCUUUUGCCCCACAUUGAUAGCGAAUUCCGGCAGCUAUACAACGUCAAGGAGAAAUCUCUGGGCAAAAUUUUGGUCAAGGCUCUAAAUCUGAGUCCGAAGUCUCCCGAGGCAGCCUCCUUGCUCAACUUUAGAGCCGCAACGACUAAAGGAUCUGGGGUUUUUGCCGAUUUAGCGUUCCACAUUAUUGAUGAGCGCGACACGCGAACGACUGCCAGCGAGACCUCAAUGGGUGAAGUUUCUGCGCUUUUAGAGAAACUCAUUGGGGCGAAGCUGCCUGAACAAACCCAAGUGAUGCGAGAAAUGCUCCAAAAGCUGAGCGCACGUGAAAUGAAGUGGGUUCUUCGGAUCAUCUUGCGGAAUAUGCAUAUCAACGUAUCGGAGCGCACGUUUUUCCGGUGUUGGCAUCCUGAUGCUCAGCUGCUUUUCAAUGUCACAAACAAUCUCAAAGAAGUAUGCCAUGAGUUGUGGGAUAAUGACGUUAGGUUAGAGGCCAAAGACCAAGUGGUGCGACCACUUUCUUGUUUCAGGCCCCAGCGAGCUUUAUUCAAAAAAAACGUGAUUGGAAACUUCUCGGAAAUCGUGGACCAGAUGCCUGGUUUUUUUUACAUCGAGGAGAAAAUGGAUGGCGAGCGAAUGCAGUUGCACUAUGUCGACCAUGGGAAAGAGAUGCGGUAUUUCAGUCGCCGGGGAAAAGACUAUACAGCAUAUUAUGGCAAGUCAGUUGAAGACACAAAGGGAACACUCUCGAAACAUCUCAAAAAUGUCAUCAGCUCUCGAGUAUCGAAUUGUAUUUUGGACGGUGAGAUGGUGGCAUGGGACGACUACAACAAAGAACUGUGUCCUUUCAACAAAAUCAAGCAAGCUGCUACAGGUUCCAACAGUAAAUGGAGACCAAUGCUGUUGGUUUUUGAUAUUUUACACCUCAAUGGCAAAGACUUGGCUGCAUAUUCUCUGGAGCAGCGCAAGAAGGCAUUGGAGGCGGUUAUCCCUCCUGAGAACCGCGAGCGUGGCCAGGGUUACCUGGAGAUUUUGCCUUAUAUCGUCGGUCAUGAUGCCGACACUAUUGCUAAAGAAUUCAAUCGAGUUAUUGCUGCUACAUCAGAGGGCUUGGUGGUGAAGAAUCCCAACCUCAUCUAUCAAGUUGACGGCAUUAGCAACAGUUGGUUGAAAGUCAAGCCUGAGUUUAUGUCUGGAUAUCAGGGUGAGAACUUUGAUCUCAUGGUUGUCGGCGCUUAUUAUGGUAGUGGGUUCCGGUCGCAGUUACUGUCUAGUUACCUGUGUGCCCUCCGAAAUGACGAAGACUACUUGAGCUUGUGCAGGGUUGGCUCAGGGUUUUGUACUGCUCUAUACGAGAAAAUCGCCCAUGAAACCCAAGGAAAAUGGUUUUCUGGCCCUACGCCUAGUUGGUUGAAACUGUCACUGGAAGUACCCGACGUCUUUAUUCACCCCCAAGAUUCUCUAGUGUUUGAGGUCAAGGCCUCGCAAAUCAUUCCUUCAGAUAGAUACUAUGUGGGGGCUAGUCUGAGGUUUCCGAGGUUUGUUUCGAUUCGCGACGACAAAGGUCCUAAUGAAUGUCUCACAUAUCAGGAGUUUCUGGACUAUCGUGAAGAGCAUACUGGCAAAAAGACCAAGAGGGUAUCUAAAACUUCAAAAGUCCGCAAGAGAAUCCAUGUGCAAAACGUUGAUAUCAAGCACGAGGGUCUUGAGCCUAAAUCGAAUAUUUUCGCCUUUACAACAUUCUGGGUGGCCGGAGACACCUAUAGUCCAGGAUACUACACCCAACACGAGCUUGAACGUAUCAUCAAGGAAAACGGGGGUGAAUUGGUGCAUCAUGGAAGGGCAGUUGAUACAGUGGUUGUAGCAGACUGUGCAACUCCACGAAUUGCCAGAAUAAUUCGAGAUCAGUCUCGUGAUGUGGUUCAUCCCCGUUGGAUAUUUGACAGUAUCUACAACAAGCGAGCUCUUCCCUUUGAGCCGCGUCAUUAUUUAUUUGCUCGAAAGCAAACCUUGGAAGAGUCAAUCAAGCUGGUUGAUAAAUAUGAGUUUCCUUUGUAUCGUGACAAACGACCAAGCGAAGCCGUUGAGCUACUGCUCUCAAUGCCACCUUCUGUUGGGCCCUAUCCGCGAGCCCGCUUGGCCCAAGUUUUGGAAUCUAUCAUCAAGAAAACUCCUUUCAAAAACCGCUCUCUCGGCUCGAGCGCAUGGUUCGAUUUGGUGGGGGGCGCAUUCGUCACGCCAAUGACCCAGAAGUCACCCAUGUAG